GGAGGGCAGGACUGGCAGGGUGCGGUCUGAAGUGGCAACAGAUCGUUUUGGAUCACUCAAAUCCCUCCAAUUCAACUGGAAAGCUGCAGCCUGUUGCGCGCCGGCCGCAUAUGGAGAGGAGAAGCUUUCAAUCCAGAGAGAGGGCACCAACCAAACAGCAGGCGAAAGUGGCUGAUGUUGUGACAGCUUCCCGGAGCAAAAAGAAAGAGAGGGAGAGAAACCACAACACUGCAACUUGGAUAUCAGUAACCGCUCUCUCUCUUUAACUCUCUCACCCACCGAAUCGACUUUGAACCUGUUUGUUUAAAUACACGGACUUUACAGCCUGCACUUACUGUUGAUUCUGUUAGGCGCUGGGAGCGAAGUUUCUCAAUUUGGGUCAAUGUUUUGGAGACGCUGAAAACUUUUCUUUUGCUCUCCCGAUGGUGCCCCGUGUAGCCGAGGUGCUGAUUUAUCCGAAAUCUUCGGACGUGCUGUUGCAACUGUCACGGACGAUGGAGUCGGGGACUGAGCCGGGGAGGUACUGAAGACAUCUGUCUCCCCCGGGAGAGUCCUCCCUCCCCCCCGGGGCGAUGCGGAUCUCCUUCCUUCUUCUCACCGCCUCUCUGUGUGCCUUGGUCCUGCUCCUCGCACCUGCCUCGGAGGGCUGCGGGCCGGGCAGGGGGUACGGCAAGAGGCGGCUCCCGAAGAAGCUCAUCCCGCUCGCCUACAAGCAGUUCAGCCCCAACGUCGCCGAGAAGACCCUGGGAGCCAGCGGCCGGCCGGAGGGCAAAAUAACGCGCAACUCCGAGCGCUUUAAAGAGCUGACGCCGAACUACAACACAGACAUAAUCUUUAAAGAUGAGGAGGACACCGGCGCAGACAGGCUCAUGACCCAGCGUUGCAAAGACAAGUUAAACUCUCUGGCCAUCUCUGUGAUGAACAUGUGGCCAGGCGUGAAGCUGCGAGUGACAGAGGGCUGGGACGAGGAUGGUCAUCAUUCGGAGGACUCACUGCACUAUGAGGGGCGUGCUGUCGACAUCACCACGUCAGACAGGGACAGAAAUAAAUAUGCCAUGCUGGCCCGCUUGGCUGUAGAGGCUGGAUUUGACUGGGUCUACUACGAGUCCAAAGCCCACAUUCACUGUAGCGUAAAGUCUGAACAUUCGGUGGCAGCCAAAACCGGUGGUUGUUUCCCUGGUGAUGCUCAGGUUAUCCUCGAAGGCGGAGCCACCAGACAGAUGUGCGACCUCCUCCCUGGCGACCGUGUCUUGGCUUCCUCAUCAACAGAUGGCCGCGGUCCUCUCCUCUACAGCCCAGUCUUAUCCUUUCUGGACCGCCAGCCCAAUGUCACAAAGACCUUCUACGUUAUUGGGACUGAUGCAGGACUUAAUAUUACUCUCACAGCUGCUCACCUGAUCUUUGCCACAGACUGCACUGGUGGGCUUGGAGAACCAGGGUGGGAAGAACCAGCUGCAGAGCCACUUCUGGGUUCCAUGUGGGAGAACAGGCCUGGCUGGAGAGCAGGUCUGAGGACAGUUUUUGCCAGUGAGGUCCGGCCGGGACAGUGCGUAUUUACGUCGGUAGGGGAACCGAGGUCACAGGCGAGACUUUCAGUCGUGACCUUUGUGGAGGAGCAGAGGAGCACUGGCUUAUUUGCCCCCCUCACGCAGCAUGGCUCUAUAGUGGUGAACGGUGUGCUGGCAUCCUGCUAUGCUGCCGUGGACAGUCACCGUUUGUCCCACUGGGCCCUGGCCCCGCUGAGAUUCUUCUACGGCCUGAUGGGGCCCUCAGAAGCGCAGAGUGAUGGGCUGCACUGGUACCCUAGGCUUCUACAGAGGCUGGGAAAAAUGCUGCUGGAUGCUGGACAUUUCCACCCCUGGGGUAUUUAAGACAGACAUAGAUAGGAGCCACAGAGACUCAUUCAGUUACCUGUAUUCAGGUGCACCAAAGCACAGAGCACAACUGUCUUUCUAUUGAAAUGAGAUGGAAGCAACUGAGGGCUCACCAAAGACAAUUUUGUAGUGUAAAUAUAUUUUGUAAUAACUCCACUUGCCUGUAUUUGCUGUACUUCACAUUUCUUCUGUUGCACACAUUUACAAGAUACAAAGGGAAGAUAAAUGAAACUUUAGUAAUUUCAAUUUCAUUAAUUUCAGAAGAUUUGGAGGAAUGGAAAGAGUGAGAUAUGAUGAAAUUUAACAGCUUUGAGAGUAAAUCUGAAAUGAAAUGCUUACAGCAGUAUUUUAAAACAAGGAGUGUGACUUUGUCCUUUGUACUGUAUUUGUCAUAAUCCUUCAACAUUAUGCUUAGGGUGACAGAACUUUAGAGAUGUGAUGACAUAUUUUGUGGCACCUCUUGAGAGUGUUAGACUUAGGAGAGAAGGUUAAGGUGAACAUAAGAAGAAAACAUUUGAGGAGAAAGAAAGACAGAAAGAGAAAACCAGGGACUGAACAAGGUGAGUUGUGAAGCUUUGUAUGUACAUAGCUAUUUAUACAGUUAAGUCAUGUUGGAAAGGAAAGAAAGACAACAACAGGACUUUACUUGGUUUACUGUCAGGAUCAUCACUGCAGUUAUUCACUGAUUCUUUAAGAGCCUAUACUGUAUAUUAUAAUUAAUUUACAAAAUUAUAUUUAACUGGACAACUUAUAAAGUUCAUUACGGUGUGGUUGAUGAAGUUCUAUGCAUUUGCUGAAUGCAGUGUAGCAGUGUGCUGGUGAUGCAUCGCAGCUUUACAUCUGAAAAGGACUUUCCUGCAACUAUUGAAAGCCAGAGAAUGAAGAUAUUCACACAGUAUUUGCGUUGCGGCAUGUACACAUGUACUUCACAACAUUUGUCACUUACUGAUGCACAAUAGAUGCAUGGUGCUACAACGGCCACCCCGUCUCCGUAUGCGUUUCACUAAGUCUGCCGUCUGCUUUCAUACAACUCGAUUGUCUCAGAGUGAUUUAUAUGGUUCAUUUAUGCAUUCUCAUGUUUUUAUCAGGUGUUUUAUUUAAAAGGUUGUCUUUGUUUUUCAUUGUCUUUGGGUUUUCAGGUCAGUAGUCUCUAGUUAAGGCAUACACAAGACUCAGGCUGUAUUCAACUACUGUAUUAAGUAACAGUUAUGCUUCGUAUUAAAAACAGCAAUUAUUUUUAUUGUUGGACAAUAAGUUUAUUUGAUGGCUCUCAUGUUUAUAGUCUUUUUGUAUUCCAUCUCUUACGCAAGACUGAAGACAUUGAUUGGCAGAGGUACAGUAAAUUGAACUUUUAGGACUAUGGGAAGCACAUCUAAUCUUGUGGUAAAUUACUGUCUGAAAAAGCAUAAACAUACAGUGUGUAAUUAAUAAUGCCCAAAUGCCCACAUUUGUAAAGUAUGCUUUGUGAAGACUCAAACAUUGCAAUUAUCUAGGAACUCCAAGGCAUUCCUCUAUAUGACUGCUCAAAGAUUUGUCAAAUAUGUAUAUUAAGCUAUUGUUGGAGAGACUAUUUAAAGAUCUAUUUUUUAGAAAAUGAUGUAAAUGUAUUAUUUUUUGGCAACUCUGUUCAUAAAAUUUGUAUUUGAAACAUAAACACUUGUUGUUGCUUUUGUAAUACCAGCAAAUUCAAAAUCCUCACAUACAACUAAUCCCUUAAGAAACAGUUAAAGUAAUAAAGUGAGUUUUUACUUUUUUGC